CCUUAAAUCAAGUGGUAUUGAAAUCUAACGGCUGCGAGUUUAUUAUAAAUUUCAAAUCAAGUGGCAUCGAAACGCGUUGCGAUGAAGUCAUAUAAUCUAACGGCUGAGAUUUGUAUCUUUUAAUCGAUCGAAUCAUUUGAAGCCACGUCUUCUCUCUCACUUUGGAGAUUUUUCUAACGCAGAAUCUGAGAAUAAGCUAACCGAUUCCGAUUUCGAGUUCGUCGCCGGGAGGAAUGAACCGGUUGAAGGAGCAAAAGGGGCCGAAGUUCGACGGCGAAGAAUCACCUCCACCUGAUUUUGAUGAAGAUCGAAGUGUGGGUGAGGUAGACGGAGGAGAUCACACGCCAUUCGCUGGAGGUAAAGUCAGAAGGAAAGCGUCUCGCUAUAGAGAGCAUCGUGGUGACUAUCUUCACGUUUCUUCUCGUCCUGGAUUGAUGCGAAUUCUGGAGAAACAAGGUGAUACAUCGAUUCUUUUUGCUGAUAAAGUUUUGAAGUUCACCGGCUCGGGGAAGAUGAAACGGCGUAUUUUUAUCCUCACUGAUUUUGCGAUCUAUCUAAUUGAUCCCGAGACUGAAGCUAUGACCAGGAGAAUUGCUUUGUCAUCAGUAGAGAAGAUGUGUUUAAGCAAAUUGAGUGAUAACUUCUUCGCUAUCAUUAUUCCCACGGAAUAUGAUCUCUUCAUGGCCAGCACUAGGAAGACUGAGCUUGUUCAGGUCAUGGUAGAUGUCACUAAAAGUGCUUCUGACUAUGAACUUGAAGUGCUUCUCUCUAACAGAUUUGAGUACAAUGCAUCUGCCUCAUUAGUAAAGGAAGUUUCUUUUGAGGAAUCUGAAGGGGGUAUCAAGACCAAAUUUGUGUGGAAGUGACUACAUCUCAACUUUCCUCGCUGUUCAUAAACUUUGGAGGGACCACUAGUAAGAUCUGUUUCGACUUUCGAAUGUCUUUUCUGUUGGUUACUAAUAGCUGAAAUCAUGGUGGUAUGUGUUGUUUAUUAUAUUCUGUUUCGACUUUCGAAAAUGUGAAUGGAUUCUUUCAUGUAACACAAGACCAGUAGUGUCAAUAUAAGAAACAAAUGGUUACAAGUAUAUUUCAAAUAUUGUUAGAAGACAGAUUCUAGUUUUGUUGGA